GCACCUGCAGGCUGCCCCUUCCUGGCCGGGAAGGAGCUGCAGAAACGGCUGGAGGACUGGCCCCUUCAGGAGCCGGGACUGAGCUGAGGGGGUCCCGGGCGAGGGGGCGUCACCAUGGGCAGCCCCCAGAGCAGCGCCCCUCCCGAGGCCCUGAGUCCUCGGCCCUGGGCGCGCUAAGGUCACGAGUGGGAGCUGCGCGCGGGAGGCUGCCCGGCCCGCACCCUGCACCAUGGCGCUGCUGAAAGUCAGCUUUGACCAGAAGAGGCGGGUCAAGUUGGCCCAGGGGCUCUGGCUCCUGAACUGGCUCGCGGUGCUGGCCGGCACCGUGGUCUUCGGCCUGGGGCUCUUCCUGAAGGUCGAGCUCCGGAAGAGGAGCGACGUGAUGGGCAACUCGGAGAGCCACCUGGUGCCCAACUCCUUGAUCGGGGUGGGGGUGCUGUCCUGUGUGGUCCACGCUCUGGCCGGCAAGGUCUGCUACGACGCCCUGGACCCGGCCAAGUACGCCAAGUGGAAGCCCUGGCUGAGGCCGUACCUGGCCGCCUGCGUCCUCCUCCAGGCGGCCCUCCUGCUGGCGGCACUCUGCUGCCUCCUCCUGCGCGGCUCCCUGGAGAGCGCGCUGGCCCUGGGGCUCAGGCAGGGCCUGCGAUUCUACCGGGACACGGACACGCCCGGCCGCUGCUACAUGAAGAAGACCAUCGACCUGCUGCAGAUCGAGUUCAGAUGCUGCGGCAACAACGGCUUCCGGGACUGGUUUGAGAUUCAGUGGAUCAGCAACCGCUACCUGGACUUUUCCUCCAAAGAAGUCAAAGACCGCAUCAAGAGCAACGUGGAUGGGAGGUACCUGGUGGACGGUGUCCCCUUUAGCUGCUGCAACCCCAACUCGCCGCGGCCCUGCAUCCAGUACCAGCUCACCAACAACUCGGCGCACUACAGCUAUGACCACCAGACGGAGGAGCUCAACCUGUGGGUGCGAGGCUGCAGGGCCGUCCUGCUGGGCUACUACAGCAGCCUCAUGAACUCCAUGGGCGCCGUCACGCUCCUCGUCUGGCUCUUUGACGUGACCGCCACGACUGGGCUGCGCUACCUGCACACGGCGCUGGAAAGUGUGUCCAAUCCCGAAGACCCCGAGUGCCAGAGCGAGGGCUGGCUGCUGGAAAGGAGCGUGCCGGAGACCUGGAAGGCCUUUCUGGAGAGCUUGAAGAAGCUGGGCAAGAGCAACCAGGUGGAAGCCGAGGGCGCAGACGCAGAGCAGGCCCCCGAGGCUGGCUGAUGGCCCCGGGUCCCCUCCCUCCCGAACACUGAGAAGUGAUGGACUCCAAGAAAUGCGGACACACACCCUGUUCAAUCGGAAGCUCCAAAGGAGGACGGCCACCUCACAGACUCUCCCUGAUGGUGGGAUGGAAAGUUUAGGGUCCCUAAAAGCAUCUAUCAAACAUUUGUUGAAUGAAUGACGCAAAAUGUGAGUGAAUGAGCCCCUUCAGGCCCACUGCUCUAGCACAUGGUCUCACGGUGGCCUCGGGGGGUCUCUGGGGAUGACCAGCCCACAACCUGUCUCUCUCACGGCACCCAUCUCAGUUCCACCCUGAGACUUCUGGCCACACCUGAGGGCUGCUUCCCUUUGCUGCGUUUGCCAUUCUAAGCUCCAAGAGGCUUCAUUCUACAUCCCAAUGUCACCAG